GUGGUGUCGAUUCACGACGGCUACUUGACUCUCUUUGUGCCUCGCCUUGACGUGCAAGGCCAGGACAAGGACAGCAUGGCAGUGCUGCCUCGCAAGCACGUGAGCGUGGAGGCAGAGGAGGCGGAGCAGCAACAGUUCCGGCACAGGCUGCGAGUGAGAGUGGAGACGGGGAUGGCAGGCGAGUGGCACCAACUGACCUCAUGGGGAAUGCAGGGGAUGCUGCUGCUGCUGCUGCUGCUGCUGCUGCUGCUGCUGCUGCUGCUGCUGCUGCUGCUGCUGCUGCUGGUUACGAGGAGGAUGACGAGGAGGAUGAGCGGGAGGGUGGUGGUGGUGUGGGCCAGUGCGGCAUGGAUGAGGACGCUCCUGCAUGCGUCAAGAUAGUGGUGAGCUCCAUCGCUCGCUUCCCCACUCUCAAGAUGGAGAUACUAGCAGAUGCACACCCCUCAGCCGUUGCAGCGAAUCUCAAGAGCCAAUCAGAGGCUGCCAGCUCGGCUAAGCGAGGGCUGCUGGGGGAAGAGGAGGGAGGAGGGGAGGAGGGUUGUGGGGAGAUGGGAGGAGAGGGGAAGGUUGGAGGAGGGAAGAAGUGGGAGCAGGGAGGAGUGGGGGAUGUGGGGAUUACGAGUCAGAAGGACGUAUUUUCUGGGAAGGUUCCAGUGGAUGGCCUGAUUUCAUCAGGCGAUGUGGAUUUUGAAGCGGAUGCUGCUGCGGCUGCCACCGCCGCUGCGGUGGCUGCAGCCGUGGUGGCAGGGGAAGGGGAAGAGGAGGAGGAGGCAGGGGAAGAAUUGCAAGACACAGGAGAUGAGGGAAGGGCAGGGGAAGGGGGAGGACACAAGGGGGGAUGGUGGCGGUGGCGGUGGUGGUGGUGGUGGGUGGGUGGUGGGUGGCGGUGGUGGCGGUGGUGGUGGUGGGUGGUGGCGGUGGUGGUGGGUGGUGGUGGUGGCGGUGGUGGUGGUGGCGGUGGUGGUGGUGGUGGUGGCAGUGGUGGUGGUGGCGGUGGUGGUGGUGGUGGUGGUGGUGGCGGUGGUGGUGGUGGUGGUGGUGGUGGCGGUGGUGGUGGUGGUGGUGGCAGUGGUGGCGGUGGUGGCGGUGGGUUGGGUGCGUUCCGCGGUCGAUGCGGCAUGCACGACUUGAUGGACGCCAUGCGGGCGCUGCACAUGGCGGGAGACUCUACAAGUGUGGUCAGUUCGCCAGCGGACCUUGCCUUCUCUCUCUCACACAGUGGAGCGCCCCCUCAAGGGCCUGCCCCUUCCGCCUCGGCCUCCUCCCCCUCCACUGCCAGUCCACUUCCUCUGCCGCCCGGUGUUUCCAUAAGUGCCGCCCUGCCACUCUCCUUGGGCGAGGAGGCAAGCCUCAAUGGUGGUUCGUCCAUGCGACAGAAGCAGCUGCUGGCAAAAGCGGCUCACAUCCGCGCCAUGCUGAACAAGUCUGCCAGAUCAAAUGCAACUGAAAAGCAGCGGAGAAGAGCUGCGAAAGAAGCACUUCUGCGACAGAGAGCUCAAGGUCAAUCGUUAGGAGUCUAUUUUUGAGCCGCCUAAAAGAAAUAGCUGGAAAUUUGCAAAAGAAGCACUUCUGCAACAGAGUGCCAUGAUGAAAGUUACAACGCGCAGUGCAUUGUGAAAGCUUGCUUGGGUCAUCUUGGCAAAUGCAGCGUGCUUCAUUUCAUAUGGG